UAUUUUGUUUAUAGAGUAUGAACGUACUGAAAUUUACACUCGCAAUUCUUGCAAUCGCUGGAUGCUGGCGACCGUUCUCAUGGACGUCGCUCAUCAAACAUAUAUUAUAUAAUGCGUAUACAUUGUUAGUAAUUAGCCUAAUGUACAGUUUCACAUUCACACAGUUUAUGGAUGCUGUUCUGAAUGUCAACAAUCCGGAUGAUUUUACUAACAUCGUAUACACGAUGUUAACCAUGUUUGCUGCAUGCUAUAAAAUACUCAAUCUGUGGGUAAAUCACGAGAGUUUCGCGGAGUUAAUUCAGAAUCUCACGGAAGGAACCUUUAAGCCAUUAGUUCCUGUAGAAAUUGAAAUUCGCCGAAAAUUCGACAAAAUAAUACAGAAUAACGCAAUAUGUUAUGCUACUUUGAUUAUGGUCACCUGUGCAGGCCAUGUCUUGGUAUCGUUACUGACAAAUUUCAGAAAGAGGCAGUUACCAUUCAAAGGAUGGAUACCAUAUGAUUACUCGACGUUUGUGAUAUUUUGUCUUACAUAUGUUCAUCAAUACGUAGGUGUGAUAUCUGCUUCCCUUGUUAACGUUGCUUGUGACAGUCUCAUUGUUGGUCUGCUACUGCACCUUUGUUGUCAAGUUACGAUUUUACAAUAUCGUUUGAAAGGUAUCACAAAUGGCCAGAACACUGUGGGUGACUGUGUACGCCAACAUCAUCACAUAAUCGAAUACGCAUACGUGACUAACGCGAGAUUCACGAAAAUAAUCGGGUUUCAAUUCAUAGCAAGUACAUUCGUAGUAUGCUCGAAUUUGUACCAACUAUCUAGAAUUACAUUAAACGCAAAUUUCAUUGCGUUAUUUGCAUAUACAUUUUGCGUACUUGUACAAAUUUUUAUCUACUGUUGGUUUGGAAAUAAACUCAAACUAAUGAGUCUUCAAUUGGUUGAUAAUAUUUUUGAAAUAGAAUGGAUAGCGUUGGAUAAUAAAACUAAAAGAAGCCUUUUAAUAAUAAUGAAUCGCGCGAUGAGACCGAUUGAAUUUAUCAGUGCACAUGUUUUAAACAUGAACCUAGAUUCUUUUGUAGCGUUACUUAAAACAUCGUAUUCUGCUUACAAUUUGUUAUCAAAAAUACAAGACGACGAUACUGGGAGAAUAAAACUUAAUUACAUCCAAAUGUGGAAAAUAGAUCGAGUAAUAUUUCGAGAAAUGCAAGUAAUGCAAUUUCCAUUGAAAAUCCUCACAGUAGCGGGAUGUCGGCCACCAAUCUCCUGGUCCUCACUAUGCAAACGGACAGUGUACAAUGCGUACACAGUUCUCAUGUGUUUACUAUUACUUACCUUCUUGUUACCACAACUUAUGGAUAUUAUCCUGAACGUUAAGAAUCCCGACGAUUUCACGGAUACUUUUUAUAUCAUGCUGGCCAUGGUUAUUGCUGUCUGCAAGAUGCUCAAUUUAUUAUUAAAUCGCAAGAUUAUUAAGAUGUUAACCGACACGUUGGUUGAGAAACCAUUUGGACCCUUGGAACAAGAUGAAAUCGAGAUUCGACAAAAGUAUAAUAAUAUAGUACGGACCUAUUCCAUAGUCUACACGAUUUUGAUUGAGAUGACAUGCGGUUGCAUGAAUUUAGCAUCUUUAUUUACGGACUUCCGGAAAGGAAAUUUAGCAUAUCGUGAAUGGAUACCUUUUGAGUUCUCUGAUACCGUUUAUUAUUUCACGUACUUUCGCCAGUUAAUAAGCCUGACGGUCGCAUCCAUCGUGAAUGUUGCUUGUGAUAUAACGAUUUGUGGAUUCCUGAUGCAUAUUUAUUGCCAGAUCGAGAUCUUAGAGUGCCGUGUGAAGAGAACCUUGCAUGAUCAAGGCGAUUUGGGUGAAUGUGUACGCCAGCACAAUCGUAUCUAUAAAUUCGCACGUAUAGUGAAUGAAAAGUUCAAAUUUAUAAUUGCCGUUCAAUUUAUAGCGAGUAUGCUAGUGGUAUGUUCUGGUCUUUAUCGAUUAGCGAAAACCACAAUGAGCAUGAAAUAUAUUCCACUGAUAAUGUAUACAGUCUGUAUGUGUAUGCAAAUUUUUAUCUAUUGUUGGUACGGAAAUGAAGUGAAAUUAAAGAGCAUUCAAUUUUCCGAUGAAAUUUUUGGAAUGGAUUGGGUAGCAGCGGACAAGAAAGUAAGAGACAAUCUUAUAAUAAUUAUGAAUCGCUGUCUGAUACCCAUCGAAUUUUCUAGUGCAUAUAUUCUCACAGUGAAUCUAGAUUCUUUUGUGAAGUUGCUUAAAAUGUCGUAUUCAGUAUUCAAUAUACUUAAACAAACGAAAGAAGAAUAGUGAUGACAAUGCUAUUAAAGAAAGAAGACUAAAUAAUAUUUAAAAUAUAUACAGUGUAUAUGUUUUAAGAAACAUUAGACAACAGUUUGAAAAUAUGGUAAUCGUAGGUUCUUUCUCAGAAUUGCAUAUCAUAUAUAAUACAUUACAUAUAUAAAUAAAGAUAGUAUUAUUUAUCUG